CUAGCGUGGUAGCGUGCGAUGUUGUUAUCCUUGAGUAAUGAGUUGAGAAGGUUGUUUUGUCGAUACGCUUUUUUGGUAAAGUAGUAUUUUAGUGUUGUAGUUUGAAUUUGAUGACUGCAUUCUGUUGGGAAAAUGUUGAAUUACUUGACCGAAUGGAUUCACAACCGUUACGCGUCUUACAAAAGAAAAGAACCACAAAUUUUCGGGAGGACGAGACAAAAUUGUUAAUACAACUAUGGGGUAGUCCCCAAAUCCAAAACAAAUUAUACCUCACUCAUCGUAAAGCCCCCGUAAUGAGGCUGUUGGCCGCCAAUAUGCAACACCGUGGAUUUUACAGAACCCCGGAUGAGAUCAAGACCAGACUGAGGAACCUCAAAUGCUUGUACCACAGGAUAAAGAGGUCCAUGCAAACCGGUGUUGGUAGAGGAACCGUCGAUCCAGACUGGCCCCAUUACAAAGCUAUGGACGACAUUUUGAGUAAAAAGAACCCAAAUAGGCCGCAGGAUAUUUACAAGGAUGGUAACAUCUUCGAAGGGCCCCGAUGCGAGGAUAUUAAACAAGAAAUCAUUGAUGAAGAACUCGACAUCAAUGAUGAUAUGGAAUCUUCAUAUAGUACAAAUAGUCUAGUUGGUUCAGAAGAUGCAGAAUUUGAAGACGAAUCACAUCACAUGCCCAACUUGACGCCAGCGCCUCAAAGUCAAUCACAUGAUAAACAAAAGGACGAAGGGGAGCCUAUAAAGAUCGCCCCGAAACCGGUUUUAAGUCAACCCAAAAUAACCUCGACCGCAGGAAAUAUUCAAAUACCAUUAGGAACAACACUAAAGCCAAACACAGUCGGUGGGACGCCAUCUUUGCCGUUCCCGUUGCUUAUAUUAAAUGGUUUGCCCAAUCAGAAUUCCCUACCGAAUCAACUGAAAAACGGCGAGGGAACUGGAGACGUGGCUGUUCUCCUAAAAAGCCUCAUCGAAGUCCAAAAACAAAACCUAGAAGUCCAGAAAGAGCGUUUGGAGAUAGAUAAACAAAAAUUAUCGUUUCACAAGCUAGUCGGAGCUCAAUUACUUACCUUACUUCCAAUUUUCGGAGGGUUGGUUCAAAAAUUAUCGUUUCCGAACAACAAUGAAGAAGAAAGUCAGAUCGGCAACGAAGAAAAAGUCAACAAAAACGGCUUAAAACGUAAAUUCGUGGAUAGCGGGGUGGACAUUCUCAAAGACAGUAAAAUUUUGAGGAACGUUCUUGAAGAGGGCAUUAAAAAGUACAUGUUGGGGGAUAGUUUAGAUAAAAACGAUAGCGGGAUAAAAGUUGAAGAUGAAAGUGAAGAUAAAUAGUAAUUAAAACAUGUGAUAUUUUUACUUUUACACAUUCCAGAGUCAUUCCUUUUUUGUUCAAAUGUUUGUGAUUUUGUAUUUUUAAGAAUUAUUUAUUUGUAGAUUAGGUAUUUGCAAUAAGAAAUAUACAAG